GCCUCCCGCAGGAUCGCGGCCGCCUACCCCCGGGACCGAAGGGAGGGAAUUCCUGUGGGUCCCAGGAGUGCCAAGAGUGCGCAGCAAGACGGGAAAUUGCAAAAGACCUCACCCCUCUGCCCUCCCCCGCGGUUUUCCCGUAACUCCCGCCCCUCGGCGCUUGCCCCGCAGCUGAUUCAUAGCCCCGGCCCGGGCCGCCUCUGCACGUCCGCCCCGGCGCCCGCACCCGCGCCCCACGCGCCGCCGAGGACUCGGCCCGGCUGGUGGAGCCCUUCGCCCGCGGCGUGAGUACCCCCGACACCCCGGCCCCACUCGGCUCGCGCCCUGCCGCAGCGCCGCCCUCGGUGGCUUUUCCGACGGGCGAGCCCGGUGCUGCGCGGGAAAGAAUCCGACAACUUCGCAGCCGGUGCCGGCUGGACGCGACCGGGAGUGCAGCCGCCCGUUCCCCUCGGUGCCGCUUCUGCCCAGCGUUUGCUUUGGCUGGGCUUCCACCUGCGCGGGGACGGCGCUCGGAGGGUCCUCGCCCUUGGCCCGCCUACCUGAAAACCAGAACUGAUGGCUCUAUUUGUAGUCUUUCAGACAACAUUCUUCUUAACAUUGCUGUCCUUGAGGACUUACCAGAGUGAAGUCUUGGCUGAACGUUUACCAUUGACUCCUGUGUCACUUAAAGUUUCCACCAAUUCUAUACAUCAGAGUUUGCAUUUACAAUGGACUGUCCACAACCUUCCUUAUCAUCAGGAAUUGAAAAUGGUAUUUCAGAUCCAGAUCAGUAGGAUUGAAACAUCCAAUGUCGUCUGGGUGGGGAAUUACAGCACCACUGUGAAGUGGAACCAGGUUCUGCAUUGGAGCUGGGAAUCGGAACUCCCUUUGGAAUGUGCCACACACUUUGUAAGAAUCAAGAGUGUGAUAGACGAUGCCAGUUUCCCUGAGCCAAAUUUCUGGAGCAACUGGAGUUCCUGGGAGGAAGUCAGUGUACAAGAUUAUCUUGGACGGGGCACAUUGUUCGUUUUCCCUAAAGAUAAGCUGGUGGAAGAAGGCUCCAAUGUUACCAUUUGUUAUGUUUCUAGGAACAUUCAAAAUAAUGUAUCCUGUUAUUUGGAAGGGAAACAGAUUCACGGAGAACAGCUUGAUCCACAUGUAACUGCAUUCAACUUGAAUAGUGUGCCUUUCAUUAGGAAUAGAGGGACAAAUAUCUAUUGUGAGGCGAGUCAAGGAAAUGUCAGUAAAGGCAUAGAAGGCAUCGUUCUCUUUGUCUCAAAAGUACUUGAGGAGCCCAAGGACUUUUCUUGUGAAUCCCAGGACUUCAAGACUUUGCACUGUACUUGGGAUCCUGGGACGGACACUGCCUUGGGGUGGUCUAAACAACCUUCCCAAAGCUACACUUUAUUUGAAUCAUUUUCUGGGGAAAAGAAACUUUGUACGCACAAAAACUGGUGUAAUUGGCAAAUAACUCAAGACUCACAAGAAAUGUAUAACUUCACACUCAUAGCUGAAAAUUACUUAAGGAAGAGAAGUGUCAAUAUCCUUUUUAACCUGACUCAUCGAGUUUAUUUAAUGAAUCCUUUUAGUGUCAACUUUGAAAAUGUAAAUGCCACAAACGCCAUCAUGACCUGGAAGGUGCACUCCAUGAGGAAUAAUUUCACAUAUUUGUGUCAGAUUGAACUCCAUGGUGAAGGAAAAAUGAUGCAAUACGAUGUUUCUAUCAACGUGAACGGUGAGUACUUCUUAAGUGAACUGGAACCUGCCACAGAAUAUAUGGCCCGAGUACGCUGUGCUGAUGCCAGCCACUUCUGGAAAUGGACUGAAUGGAGUGGUCAGAACUUCACCACACUUGAAGCUGCUCCGUCAGAGGCCCCUGAUGUCUGGAGAAGUGUGAACUCAGAGCCAGGAAAUCAUACUGUGACCUUAUUCUGGAAGCCAUUAUCAAAACUGCAUGCCAAUGGAAAGAUCCUGUUCUAUAAUGUAGUUGUAGAAAACCUAGACAAACCGUCCAGGUCAGAGCUCCGUUCCAUUCCGGCACCAGCCAACAGCACAAAACUAAUCCUCGACAGGUGUUCCUACCAAAUCUGCGUCACAGCUAACAACAGUGUGGGCGCUUCUCCUGCUUCUAUAAUAGUCAUCUCUGCGGACCCUGAAAACAAAGAGGUUGAGGAAGAAAGAAUUGCAGGCACAGAGGGUGGAUUCUCUCUGUCUUGGAAACCCCAGCCUGGAGAUGUUAUAGGCUAUGUUGUGGACUGGUGUGACCAUCCCCAGGAUGUGCUCCAGUGGAAGAAUGUAGGUCCCAAUACCACAAGCACAGUCAUUAGCACAGAUGCUUUUAGGCCAGGAGUUCGAUACGACUUCAGAAUCUAUGGGUUAUCUACAAAAAGGAUUGCUUGUUUAUUAGAGAAAAAAACAGGAUACUCUCAGGAACUGGCUCCUUCAGACAACCCUCACGUGCUGGUAGAUAUGUUGACAUCCCACUCCUUCACUCUGAGUUGGAAAGAUUACUCUACUGAAUCUCAACCUGGUUUUAUACAAGGGUACCAUGUCUAUCUGAAAUCCAAGGCGAGGCAGUGCCACCCACGAUUUCAAAAGGCAGUUCUUUCAGAUGGUUCAGAAUGUUGCAAAUACAAAAUUGACAACCCAGAAGAAAAGGCAUUGAUUGUGGACAACCUAAAGCCAGAAUCCUUCUAUGAGUUUUUCGUUACUCCAUUCACUAGUGCUGGCGAGGGCCCCAAUGCUACGUUCACGAAGGUCACGACUCCGGAUGAACACUCCUCCAUGUUGAUUCGUAUCCUACUGCCCAUGGUUUUCUGCGUCUUGCUCAUCAUGAUCGUGUGCUACUUGAAAAGUCAGUGGAUCAAGGAGACGUGUUAUCCUGACAUCCCUGACCCUUACAAGAGCAGCAUCCUGUCGUUAAUAAAAUUCAAGGAGAACCCUCACCUAACAAUAAUGAAUGUCAGUGACUGUAUCCCAGAUGCUAUUGAAGUUGUCAGCAAGCCAGAAGGGACAAAGAUACAGCUCCUAGGCACUAGGAAGUCACUCACAGAAACUGAGUUAACUAAGCCUAACUACCUUUAUCUCCUUCCAACAGAAAAGAAUCACUCUGGCCCUGGCCCCUGCAUCUGUUUUGAGAACUUUACCUACAACCAGGCAGCUUCUGACGCUGGCUCUUGUGGCCAUGUUCCAGUACCCCCCAAAGCCCCACCAAGUAUGCUAGGACUAAUGACCUCACCUGAAAAUGUACUAAAGGCGCUAGAAAAAAACUACAUGAACUCCCUGGGAGAAGUCCCAGCUGGAGAAACAAGUUUGAAUUAUGUGUCCCAGUUGGCUUCACCCAUGUCUGGAGACAAGGACAGUCUCCCAACAAACCCAGUGGAGCCACCACACUGUUCAGAGUAUAAAAUGCAAAUGGCAGUCCCCCUGCGUCUUGCCCUGCCUCCCCCGACCGAGAAUAGCAGCCUUUCCUCAAUUACCCUUUUAGAUCCAGGUGAACACUACCGCUAACCAGCAUGCUGAUUUCAUACCUUAUGCUACACAGACAUUACGAAGAGCAGAGCUGGCACCCUCUCAUCACCAGUGGCCUUGGUCCUUAAUCCCAGUAUGAUUUGCAGGUCUGGUUUAUGUAAGACCACUACAAUCUGGCUAGGUUAAAGGCCAGAAGCUAUGGAACUUAACACUCCCCAUUGGUGCAGGCUUGCCCUAGAAAUGGCAGGAUCAUGGGAGCAUGCUUACCUUGCUGCUGUUUGUUCCAGGCUCACCUUUAGAACAGGAGACUUGAGCUUGACACAAGGAUAUGCAUUAACCACUCUACAGACUCCCACUCAGUACUGUACAGGGUGGCUGUGGUCCUAGAAGUUCAUUUUUUACUGAGGAAAUAUUUCCAUUAAAAGCAAUUCUUAGAUUGAAGGCUUUAAUAAAGGCCACAGGAGACUUAUUACUACAGCAUAAAUUGUCAAUGUAAAUUUACUGAGCGUAUUGAAUGAAAAAAACUCAGGUGUCUGAGGCCAGGACAGAUUUUAGACUUACCUUGAACGGAUAAGAAUCUAUAGUUCACGGACACAGUAAAAUUAACUCUGUGGGUGGGGCGGGGGGUAUAGAUCUAAUCUAAUACGUAAAAUGUGUGAUCAAUCAACAAGAUUUCCACAAUUCUUCUGUCAAGCUUACUACAGUGAAAGAAUGGGAUUGGCAAGUAACUUCUGACUUACUGUCAGUUGUACAUCUGCUCCAUAGACAUCAGUAUUCUACCGUAAUUUUUGAUGACUACCUCAGAACAUAAAAAGGAAAGUAUAUCACGUAAUUCCAUUCAGUGUUUGGUUCCUUUCCUUUCAAGAACUGGCUAUAAACAGCCUGUUUUCACUUGGCAUGCUUUGGACUCUGCACUACGUUGUCUGGGCCAAGAUAACUCUGUCACAGUUACAUUCAUAUUAUGCUAAAAUGGUAAAAUGAAACCCAUUGUUGGACAUAAUUCAGAUAUAACUAAAAAGUUCUAUGGAGUGGGAAAUUCCAUGUUGGCUUUGGAGCAACUUUGUCUCCUCUGAACCAAUAUAUUCCAAACUAAUAUAUGCAAAGCACCUGGUACACAACUGGUAUUUUAGUACAUGUUGGUUCUCUUGGUGCAAUCUCAGCUCACUGCAGCUUCCGCCUCCCGGAUUCAAACAGUUCUCCUGCCCAGCCUCCGGAGCACCUAGGACUCCGGGUGCACACUACCACACCUGGCUAGUUUUUAUAUUUUUAGUAGAGACAGGGUUUUAUCAUGUUGGCCAGGCUGGUCUCAAACUCCUGACCUCAGGUGAUCCACCUGCCUCAGCUUCCCCAAGUGCUAGGAUUACAGGUGUGAGCCACCAUGCCCAGCCUAUUUGUCACAUUAUUGGUCACAUUUAUUUUUUAUUUUUUGAGAUGGAAUUUUGCUUUUGUUGCCCAGGCUGGAGUGCAAUGAUGCAACUUUGGCUCACUGCAACCUCCGCCUUCCAGGUUCAAGCAGUUCUCGUGCCUCAGCCUCCCGAGUAGUUCUGAUUACAGGCAUGCACCACCACACCCAGCUAAUUUUGUAUCUUUAGUAGAGAUGGGGUUUCACCAUGUUGGUCAGGCUGGUCUGGAACUCCUGACCUCAGGUGAUCCGCCCACCUCAGCCUCCCAAAGUGCUGGGAUUACAGGCGUGAGCCACUGCACCUAGCCGUCACAUUUCCAAACAAGCACGAAAGGGGUUCCUUUUUGUCUUCCUGCCUGCCGUCAGCAUGGUAGAAAUGGCUCUGCCUAUGCUUAUGCCUCUGGUGCCCAAUACCUUGCACUGUGCCCUUCAACACUAUGAAGAGAAACAAGUAGCCACACCUCAAAAUAAUGUGGCUGUCAACUGACCUAAAUAAACCUACACAAACCAGUACUUGCCUUUUGCUGGAAACAUUGAUUAUGUGCUCCUCAUGUAGUAGAAAGUGGUAUCCUGAUUAGUCUAACAGUUGUGUUAGACUUUAGGGCCAGUAUUGUCAGCAUUUAUUUAUUUAUGUACCUUUGUUAUGAUGGGAUUACAUUUUUCAUUUGAAACUUGUUCACAAAAAUGUCAAUGACAUUGGUGACUGAUUUGUACAUAUUUUUCAUAUAGUUUUGUUUAAAAAAUAAUUCACACAAAACCUUGAAGUCAUUUUUAAUACUGAAAUAAACCUUAAUUAAAAUAUUUCAUCAUCACAUUGUUUUACCUCCCUCAAUGAAAUGAAAAUCUAGUAAUUAGAUACAUCACCUCAUGAACUUACUAAAUAAAAAUGUAAAUUCCUGGGUAUGACUACAAACCUCUUAAUCAGAAUCUUUGGGGCAUGGACCUGGAAUCUAUUUUUCAUCAGUUCCCAGGCAUUCAUCUACACACUAAACUUUGAGAAUCACUGGCCUAAAUCAAAUGAAGUCUUUCUGAAAUACAACAACAUGCCAAUAGGAAAUGCUGGGCUAUGUAACGUUUGUCUUCAUAAUAUCACUAUGACCUAUGGUCUUGACUGUAAACAUUUCUUCUCCAAUGGUCAUAACCAAAUAAAUUCAUGUUCAAAACCUUAGUUUUCAAUACUAUAUGCCAUCUUAACAUGGCUUUAGCAAGUGUUAUUCAGAAACUUUGAAAUACAUAUUCAUGUGUCAGAAAAAUGGAGAAUUUCAAAUAUACACAAAAGUAGAAGUUUAAUAAACCACUAUGUAUCACCACCAGUCCCAAUGGCCACUACCCAUGACUGUUUCAGCUCCAUCCAUACCUCUGUUCACUCUUUCUCCUCACGUUUUGACGCAAAUCAUGAUAUCAUGAUUUCAUGUAAAUAUCUGAGUUUUCUAAGCUCUACUUUUUCUAAUAUAGUCAUACUAAUUGUUAAAAAUUGCACCUAAAAUCACAGUAGUAAUUCCUUAAAAAUAGGAUAUUUGAGUGGUGGACGGCACUGGCAUUAAUGGCCUUUAAAUCCUGCAUCAGCCUGUGCACGGUCCUCACCUGUGUGCGGGGGACCUCAACAAUUCAGGAUGGGAGUUGGGACCUCUUCACACAACAGUACGACUUCUGAAACGCUUCCUACAUUCAAACACCUAACCCAAACUAAUUAGGGUCAACCUUGUUACCUACUAGAGUGUGUACUGAUUAAGAACAUCAAGACUUAAUAUCUUAUUAACACUUCUAAGAGUUCUGUUGAAAGAUAAGCUUUCAUCUCAAAUUUACAAAGCAUGUUAAAGCACUCUGCAUAAAGUAGAAAUUUUAAAACUCUGGAAGAGAGAAACAGUAGAAGAGAGUUUUCAGAACUUUCAGUUAAAAUGUUUACAACACAAUAGGUAUAUUCAAUUUAAAAGCAUAGUUGUUUUAUUCCUCUAAGCAUUAAGGGAAGUUUUAGUAUAUUUUAGUUUCUUAAAAUCAAUACCGAACUAGUACUGUAUUUUUGAGUAUUUUAUAUACUAAAGAGUUUUAAAAAUGAAACAGUCUUUUCCAAGUUCCGCUGCAUUAGGACUUUUUUAAAAGAUCAGCUGCAUGAUGAAUUUGUAAGUAUGCUUUUUAGUUUAUUUUGGGGCCAACUAUAUUUUCAAUGACAUAUACAGUGGAAGACAUUGGGAAAAAUGUACAGAAAUUUGCCAAACUGUCCAAAAUGUUUCUUGAAGUGAGAUAUAUAUUUUACCAUAUUUUAUUAACAGACCCUAACUUUGACACUCAACUUUAUCCUCCAGAAUUCGUAAUUUCUGUGGUAUUCUCUUUUGCCAGUAGGUAGCUGUAGGUAAGCUUAUUCAAUCCGGGCAGUUUAUGUGUGAGACAUCAGAUACCUUCCACAGAGAUGUCACCAUUGUCAUGCCAUCAUCACUCAUACUGUACAGUAUUUCCUCAAAAAAUUCAGAGCUGUUCUAUCUAAAGACCUAUCUUCCAAAUCCCUAUAGAUAUUUUAAAAAACUACAAAGAUGUUUAAUUAUGAAGUGUUUAAGAAGAAUAUUACUUUAAAAUAUUGUAACAGCCACUCUACAUGUCUGUGGUACCUAAAAGUCACUUUUGCUUGGAGUCACAUGUGUCAGCAUCAGCAUUACAGGACUCAAAUCAAGGCCAUAUGACCACUGAUUAUUUUAAUAUUUCAAAUAAAACAAUGACAAAGUUUAA